UCUAAGAUGGCGUCGGCGCCGGAGGACGAGGAAUCUGCGCAGGUUCAAAGAAACGUAGGCGCGCGUCUUGCCUGAAGUUAGAAUCGAUUCGAUAGCGAGAAUUCGAUAGCUCGAGCGAGAUGGCGGCUCGAGUCAGCCCGAGUGCAGUUUGCGAGUUACGGAGCUACGGAGUUUAUAUAAAUAAUCGCGCCUGCAAUGAAUUAUUCUCGACGCUCAAAAUUUAGUGUAUCGGUUUUGGUUAGGUUCGCGAACGCGAAAUAAAAUGCUUCACUUGAAGAGUUUGAGGACUUCUGAAGGAUCGUCAAAAAUGCCAGCGUGUUACUGCAAGGAAGCUUAUCGUCGAUCUGGUGCCGCUAUUUUCCUGCAGUAGUAGAUGCGUUGUUUUCAUCAUUGGAUUCUAAUAUCAGCGGGCACCUGGUCUCCAGCAGGACGAUGUCCCCGACCAGCAACUCCUUUCUCUCGCCAUCCCGCAGGACCUUGGCCCAUUGAGGACCAUUUGCGAAAACAAGUCCGUGAGCUCUUCAAGUCAAUCAGGAUCGGCAGGAUCAGGACCAAACCAAACCAGAUAUAUGCGGCCGCCUCGCCACUACGAGCGCGCCAUCUCUCGUCAACGAGAAUCACCGUAACUCCCGCUCGCUCGAUCAGCGGCAAGCGCAGUUGUCACUUUGCCGAGCGCGCAGCUCGUUCGCUCCUCGCUAUCCGGCGACGGUCGCUCGGCGCCACUGGGCAAAGACCUCCGCAAUCCGAAGUCAGUCACGGCGUCUUCUCUACGCAGCAACGUAUAGCAGCAGGAGAGGCAGCACGAACAUUUGGCCAGUCUGUUCCGCGUUCGUCCGCCAUUAUAUAGCGCCGUGGUGCCACAGCGGUUGCUCGCUAUUCUCCGGUGAGAAGAGAAGCGCGGCGACGCGACGCUUACCGACGCUCGGCGUCGUCGAGCGAGUCUCGAGCGAACGAGCGAGUCUCGAGCGAGCGAGCGCGAGUCGGGGGAGUGACCAGCCGCGAGUCGCCCGCGCGAAAACAAGUACGGGCGAACGAGUGAGGUUCCUCCGAGCGAGAGUGGACUAGAGUCGCGAGGGAGAGAAGGCGGGCCACGCCGUCGUCGCCGAAGCGGGUAAGAACCGGCGCCGAGGGAAAAACAUGGAGAACAGACCUUCGCCGCUGCGCUCGCGGCGCGUCUGCCGUUUUUGCCUGACAGAAGCGGAACCGCUGAGCUUCAUCUACGAGCGCGACCACAACAAGCCGUUCCAGGUGCCGCUCACGUUGCAGAUCAUGUCCUGCGUCGCCAUCGAGGUCUACGCCGCGGAUGGGAUGCCACAAAUGAUAUGCAACAUGUGCCGCUGGAAUCUGGACCGUUCGUAUAAAUUCAAAUUGCAAUGCAAGAAGGCUGACGAAGCGCUGCGAGACUAUCCUCUAUCUGGAGUAUUGCCCAGACCUUUCCCACCUAUUCCCAACGAUCCACCAGAGAUCGGUACUAAGAGACCUGCUGAAGGUAGAUCGCAACAUGACAGCGCCAAGAAGCCACGUUCUGAUAACGAUAACCAGAGAGAGACCAGAGAGAGACGCGAGACUAGAGAGAGGGAUAGAGAAAGACAGAAUGAAAAGAAAGAGAAGAACGAGCGCCAUGAUCUUUACGAAGAGGAACAAGACGGAGGCAGCGAAGGUGAACAGGAGGAACAAAGGUCAAACAAUAUCAAUAUCAAGGAAGAGAGGAAACUGGAGCCCGGAGAGAUCAGAGUGCACGCAUGUGAUCAAUGCGAUCGCACAUUUCCCCUGCGUCAAGCUCUGGCGUUGCACAUUCAGCGCGCUCAUCGCGAUCGCAAUUACAAGUGCACCGAAUGCGAACGGCACUUCUUCACUAAAUAUGAUCUUGGCAAGCAUAUGACUACACAUUCAGAGGAGAAGCCGUUCUCGUGCUCGAUCUGCCAGAAGCAAUUUUCGCGGCUGAACUUGCUGCAACGUCACGAGAAAGUGCAUCGAGAUGAAGCUCGCUACGCUUGCCAGCAUUGCGAUCGCGAGUUCUUCACUACGGAGGAACUCGAGAAGCACGAGGACGCGAUGCACAAAAAGGACAAACCGUUCCAAUGCAACAUCUGCAACAAGCGCUUCCAGUAUAAACAGGGCUUGGAGCGGCACGAGAUGCUGCACAGCGAGGACAAGACAUUUGUUUGCGACUACUGCAAGGAAGCCUUCCACACUAGCACUAAAUUAGCUCGGCAUCUGUCCACGCACGCCGGUCACCGGCCAUUCAUGUGUAAACUAUGCCCGCGCACGUUCUUGCUGUCGCAUCAUUUAACGAGACACAUGCGCACCCAUUCCGUCGAGAAACGUCACGUGUGUGAGGAUUGUGGUAAGGCCUUUAAGCGUAAGGAAAGUUUAGAGGUGCACCAGCUGACGCACACGAAGCGCACGGGAAUGGGUCUCACGUGCGACGUCUGCCAGGAGUCCUGUCGCAAUCGCGCCGAUUAUGUCACUCACAUCAAGCAGCACAUCGAAGCGGGCGAGAAGAUGGGCCCGGACGGUCUGGCGCCUGACACCAAAAAGGCUGUCGAGCUAGAUUCGGAUGAAGAGGAGGAAGAGGAGGAUCAGUACUCGGACGGCGACGACGAUUACACCCCGCCGGCGUAUAUCGCGAAGAAACUGCCGAAGCCGCAGCCUAAGCCUUCGGAGAGUGACGAGGAGGAGGAAGAAGAAGAAGAGGAUAGAGACGAGAAGGAAGAGAAACCCGAAAGAGCGGAAAAGGAAGAACGCAAGGAACACCAGGUGGUCUUCGUGCGCGGCAAGGAUGGUAAUAUGGUGAAGAAGACCAUCAAGACGUUGAUGCCGAUCCAACGUCGCGAUAUUCAAGAGCAAAAGACCGUGAAGAGAGAGGUGCAGAGCCCUGUCACCGGUUCUCAGAGCAAUUUGAAAGGUUCUACGUCCCAGAGCAAGGAUGAUAAUAUCAAGACCGGUCGCGUAGAUGAGACCGAGGCGCAGGUGCAGAAAAUCGUUGCCUCGGUAUUUAAGGAACACAAGAUUCCGUUGAAGCAUCAACAAAACGCUGGCCAGGAUCCAUCUAAGGACGUAGCACCGGUAACGAGAUCACAAACCGCAACUCAGGACAUUCGCAAGGAUAACGAUAAGACGGAGAUCGUUGCGACUACUCCGAAGGCCGUUAAUACGGUUAAAGUGAUUAAAAGAAUCGUGCUGAGGAAACCAGCGGCAGGAAGCAGUAACGAGGGAACACCGAUCAGCACAGUAUCUAGUAUCAAGGAUGGAGACACCAGCGUAACUAGCACUCCGGGCUCGCACAAAGUUAAGCGCGUGAUUGUUCGUAGAAUCAUUCGGCAGGGCGAUACUACCCGCGAAGUCAUCAUGAAUCCGGACGGCACGGCGAUAGAUCCCGCAGAAUUGGCGAAAUUGCCGGCCGGCAACGUAGUGAAGCGAGUAGUGAUGAAACGACCUUUUGACAAAAGUCAGAGUUUGGUGCAAGCGGUACUGCAAUCUGCGGAGCAACGUCAAAAAGUAACCGAUACGAGCAUUCUGAACGAGAAAUUUGAACUGAAGACCUCCUCUUCGCCCAGCAGUGGAUCUGUAAGUACGCCGAAGAGCUCGAUCUUAUCGCAGAAGACGCAAGUGAUUUCCCAGGGUCAGGAUCAGGAAACCAAGGAGAAACUGGAACAACUGGAGAAGCGAGUCGAGCAACAGAGGUUGAAGAUCGAGGAGCUUCAGGCAAGGAAGGCGCAGCAGGAUUACGAGGCGAUCGAUGAGAUGUUGCCGGAACGGCACGAUGAAUCCGAAGAUGAGCAGCAGCUGCCGCUCAAGAGAGUAUUCGUGAAACGGAAACAGAGUAUAUAUGACGAGGAGCGAGAAUACAAUGACGAUGUGGAAACAGAAACGAAGACUAAUCCGAUUCAAGAAGUAAAGAAUGAAGUUAAGGAAGACUCAAUGAAGGAAGAGGAAAAAUCUGUCGAAGAAGAGACAUUGGAGAAUGUUGAGAAGGAAAUCCAAAGCACAUCGAAAACAACGGCGACAACCACCAUCACCAGCAGCAGCAACUCUACUACCAUAAACAGCACACCGUCCCCGAAGAAGGGUCCAACGAUUUCGAGCAACAAGGUAUACUCGAACAAGCGCUACAUGAUCGUAAAACAUGGCGAAACGUCGGAAGUGGAAGAGAUGAGUCGCGAAUUGUGCAACAUCUUGGAGACUACCGACAACGUGAUGAAGAUGCAGGAAACUGUGCUGAGCAACCUCACGCAAAUUUCCGGCGUCGCGGCAUCAGCAUCAGAUAUAGACGCGUCAAAUGUGCCUGCGAAGCUGACGACAGUCGAUUCACCGAUGGAGGUUGACGAGCAAAUUGUUGGCCAAGAGUGCGAGAUGCAGGUGGAUAACGUGGACGGCACCAAGGAGGAGACUGCGAUGGAAGUUGAGGUCAUGCAGGAGACGGACGUUAAGUUGGAAACCGAAGUGGAAGAGCCUGCGCAGGUGAGCGUUACGCAAGCAGAGAGUCAGCCUGAGGGCGCAACUUUGUCGCUGGACACCCAGGAUCUUUCCGAGGCCGCCUCGAUUUUCGAGUCGUCGGAGGACGUGAUGGAGACCGUGGUGCAGAAACCGACGACCGAUACCCUGAACGAAUCUGUUAUUGAGCUGCCGCAAGGUAACGACACCAUCAAUCUGAACGAUACCAACGACAGUCAGGACAGUCUGGAAGAUAAACUUUCGCAAAUGGAAGGUUAAGAGAGGUUUGAUUCUAUUUUAUUCGUUUGUCUAUUUUAUUGAAGUGCUGCGUCAAAUAAAAAAUCGUACUCUCGAAAUUUGCUAGGUGUCCUAUUAUUGGUAAUUAAUUUUGAUAUUAUCAAUAAAUAAAUUGCGGUGUUCAGUUUGAGUAACGUCAAUAUUAACAUCUUGAUUAUGACGUGUAUUAUUGCUGGAUUAAUAUUGUUUACGUAAUAGUUGUACAAACAAAAUACAAAACUAAUAAUAUUGUAUUGCAGUUAUGAAGUAAUACAACAUUGCAAUGAAAUUAAUUUUGUAUGCAAAGGAUAUCUUAAAAUCACUUUAAAAAUAAAAUCUAAAAUUAU